GCACCCUGAGCCCAGCAGACAUGACCUCGCGCAGGUGGUUUCAUGCCAACAUCGGCGGGGCUGAGGCGGAGCGGCUGCUCCUGUCCAAGAGCCAGCACGGGGGCUUCCUGGCAAGACCCAGCAAGAGCCGCCCGGGGGGCUUCACACUGUCCGUCAGGCGCCACGACGAGGUGACCCACAUCAAGAUCCAGAACACAGGCGACUACUACGAUCUGUAUGGAGGGGAGAAGUUCGCAACGCUGGCCGAGCUGGUGCAGCACUACACAGGCCAGUGCGGGGGGCUGCUCCGAGAGCGUGGCGGGGCCCCUGUGGAGCUCCGGCACCCGCUGAGCUGCCAGGACCCCACGUCGGAACGGUGGUACCACGGGCACCUGUCUGGCAAGGAGGCCGAGAAGCUGCUGAUGCAGAAGGGGUGUCCGGGCAGCUUCCUGGUUCGGGAGAGUCAGAGCAAACCCGGGGACUUCGUGCUGUCAGUGCUCACACAGCAGCUGGACAGGGCGGACCGCCAGGCACGCGUCACCCACGUCACGAUCCACUUCCAUCCAGACGGGAAGUACGAUGUGGGAGGUGGCGAGCGGUUUGACGCCCUGGGAGACCUGGUGGAGUGCUACAGGAAGAACCCUCUGGUGGAGAGGUCGGGGACGGUGGUGCACCUCCAGCGGCCACUCAAGACCACGAGAAUCAGCGCCACAAGCAUUGAGAGGCGUGUGCGGGAGCUCAGCGAGGCCAUGGAUGCCAGCGAGAAGGCCAAGCAGGGCUUCUGGGAGGAGUUCGAGAUGCUGCAGCAGCAGGAAUGCCGGCUCCUGUAUCCCCGGAAGGAGGGCCAGCGGCUGGAGAACAAGCCCAAGAACCGAUACAAGAACAUCCUCCCCUUUGACACCACCCGUGUCAUCCUGCGUGAUGUGGAGGACAGCACGCCUGGAGCCGACUACAUCAACGCCAACUACAUCAGGAGUGACCCAGAGGAGAAGCCAGGCCAUGGACCAGGCAAGGUGUACAUCGCCACCCAGGGCUGUCUGCCAGCUACGGUGGCUGCCUUCUGGGCCAUGGUGCACCAGGAGAACACGCGUGUCAUCGUCAUGACCACCAGGGAGGUGGAACGAGGCCGGAACAAGUGUUUCCGAUACUGGCCAGAGCUGCACGGCAGCCAAGAGUACGGCCGCCUGCGGGUGUGCAACGUUGCUGAGCACCGGGCCCAGGGCUAUUGUGUGCGGGAGCUGCAGGUGUGGCGGGCAGGCCAGGAGGAGUCACCGCGCACAGUGCAGCACUUCCAGUACUUCGGCUGGCCGGACCACGGAGUCCCGGCCGAGCCCACCGGCGUCCUUGGCUUCCUGGACGAGGUGAACCGGGCCCAGAGCGGCAUGCCGGGGGCCGGACCCAUGGUAGUGCACUGCAGCGCCGGCAUCGGACGCACUGGCACAAUCAUUGUGAUUGACAUCCUGGUGGACGUCAUUCGCAGGCAGGGGCUGGACUGCGACAUCGACGUCCCCAAGACGAUCCAGCAUGUGCGGCGGCAGCGCUCGGGGAUGGUGCAGACCGAGGCGCAGUACAAGUUCGUGUACCUGGCGCUGCAGCGGUACAUCCGCGGCGAGCAGCUACGCCUGCGCGAGCAGCGCGAGCCUCCCGAGAAGUGCGACUCCCUGAAGAUGGGCGCCUCGCCCGCCGACCCCGGCUGUAGAUCCGGACCCGCGCCGUCCCGGGCGCCGGCGGCCACCCCGGAGGCUUCCGGCCACGUGUACGAGAACCUACUGCGCCUCGGGCCGUGAGGGUCCCGAGUGCGCGCGCCCCGAGUGGGGCUGGAGCCGUGCGAGAAGGCGGGAGCCCAGCAAGGCCGGCCCUCGCGUUCCUCCAAAGGACUGUGUUUAGGACUGUGCAGACCGGUGGCCAGCCCGGAGCGUUGCGGGGUUGGUGGGCGGGGGUCCCGGGUCUGCCCCUCAGCCCCUCCCUGACCAGGUCUGCACGUCCAGAAAUGGUGAGGGAAGGUCAGGAGGUCCGGUGUCCCUGCCCCUCCUGGAGGAGGG